GCUCUCAGAGGAUGUAUUUUAUCUAGAAAGGACAUAAAGAGGCUUAGGCUUACUAUUGAUAUGUGAUGCUGUUGAUAAAAUCCAAGUUCAUCUGCUGUUUUGCACUAGGCACAAGGUGGAAAGUGGGGUCUCACCUCAGAAACCAUGACGUUAAGAGGUGUGGAAGCAUGCCAAAUUAGCCUUGAAUUCUGAAUUGAAAUGACUCCUGGUUGUGCCACUGGCUAAUUGUGUGAUUUUUGACCAAACAGCUUAACUUCUCCGGAGUCUUGGUCUCCUUAGCUGUGAAACAAGGAUGGACCAAGUGACUCACCUUUUCCCCAAGUAGAUUUUAUUUACUUUUAAAUUUAUUCUUUUUGAAUAGCUAAUACAUUACAGUUUUUCAGAAUUUGAAAAUAUGGAAGUCCCAUUUCCCAGCUCCAUUCCCUAGUCAGAUAGUUGCCUUUUAUACGGGCAACUGAUCUUAUACAUAUUUUUUUGUAGUUCUACAGGGAUAUUUUAUGCCCAUAUAAGCAAAUGCAUGGUAUAUGUCUGUCCCAAGAAAUGAUAGCAUCUAGAGCAUACUGCCUUUGCUGUGGGCUAUAUUUUGAGGAUUACUUUUCCAUGAGUAUAUUUCAUUUCCAAAUGAGUACUGCCUUAAUAGUAAAUGCAUUUAAAUAGCUCAUAGGUAAAAUUCAAAAAGUACAAGAGUCUUUCCUGAUGCUACCCAGCUCUCUUGGUGCAGGCACUUUUGAGUUGACAGAUGUUUGUUCUUUCCUAGGGGAAGGCAGAUGCUUAUGACUGGGGCUGUUAACCCAGAGUAUUUGGUUUUCUGAGUGAGAUUCUACAAAGAAAAUAACGUAGGUGCAUUUCAGCUGGCUCCUAGGAGCAACCAAAUGGCCGAGGUAUACAGUUGGCCCUUGAACAACCUGGGUCUGAACCACAUGGGUCCACUUAUACGUGGAUUGUCUUCUGUGGUAAAUACUACACUACCAUACAGUUGUGGUUGGUUGAGUCUGCAGAUUUGGAGGAACUGUGUAUUUAGACGGCCAACUCUAAGUUACUUGGAUUUUCUCCUGUUGGAGGAUCUGUGCCCCUGACCCCGCAGUAUUCAAGGGUCAAUAGCAUAUGUACAAAAUAAGAACAGUUAGUAGGUACAUAACGAGCUGGAAGAAUGUUAAAGCUGAGUUGGUACUUCUGAGGUGGAGGGCAUGAAUCAGUGAGGCUAAAAGUAGAAAUAGACAUAUUGGUCUUGGGAGCCUCAAACAACUGGGAAGAGACCGAAAUAGUCAUUAGCUUUUGUCUUAUCUCCACAUGUUUAGCAAAUAUUUGUUAGGCACACAUUAUAAGGCAGGCCUUGUGUGAAGCUUUGGAGAUACAGUGAUGAAGCAGAAAGGGCCCAUAGGCCUAAACACUUCAGAGUUUUACCUGAAAAAGCCCAGCUGCCCUGAAACCUGAGUGUUUGGCAAAUGUGGGAGGAACAAUAGAAAAUGGGAGGAAAGGAAGUAGAAAGGGAUUUUUUUUUUUAAAGUAGAAAAGAGGAGAAACAAUGGUAGAGAUUAGCCAAGGUGGAACCAAUUUGAGGUAGGGGUGAUGACUGUCCGCCUUCCCAGAGGCUUGCUGGUGACUUCAGAGGGCAUUAUGGUGUCAGAGGAUGACAAGUGAGAGCAGGGGUGGACAGCUAGAGAGCUGGCUUCUUGGAGGAAUGUAGGGAAUGCUGGGAAGAGGGAAGUGAGGCUGGUGCCUAUGGAAAGCAGGGGAUGGGAGAUCAGCUCUAUUUUGGAAAGAGUUUUGUUCAAAACAAAAUAAAAACAGGGUAAAAGUUUAGGGCUUAGUUACUUCAGAAACUGAAAAUGCCUCAUCAGGAUUUAGGAUAGCUGAGAUCUUAAAUGCUCAGUGCUUAAGGGUCUAAGUCAGGAGAUGCAAAUUUGAGUUAAAUCCUGGAAUGCUAUCAAUGCAGUAGGUUUUGCUGGAACUGGGUGUCCCAUCAGAGCUGUUUUGUGUGGAAGGGAUGGACCUAGGUUCCUCAGACUGGGGAUGUGGACCACCUUUGCCAUGAAGGUUGGCUGGCUGGCCUGAGCGCUGGGACUGUUCUGGGGAAGAGCAGUGUGUAAGCUGGCUCUUCUUGUCCCCAGUGCUACACGCCAGGCCUGCCUGUGUGUGGACAGUUAUGGGAGAGUGUGGUUAUGGAGUGAUGAGUAGGGUAUCGAGCAGCAAGCGUGAGUGUCGGAGAAAUGGCUGUGCUCCUGGACGGCCGAUAGGCUUUUGUCCCUGUAGCACAGCUCUGCGAUAGGCGUUAGUUAUUUUGGGGUGGUAGAGAGACAACUAUCAUUAUAUACUAUUUAGAAUCUCUACGUAAAGAGUUACACUGAUUUUGAAACUGGUCUUCAGGUUUUUCUCAAGGAAGUAAAGGUGCUCAAUUUCUGAUCUUCGUAUAUCAGUGUUAAAUCUUGAUGGUGAUUUGGAGUUCUUGGUAGCGGGAAGGGUGAGCAAUUGAGGAGAGUGGUGGGCGUGUCUGUGUGUGUGUGAGGGGAUGGUCUGGGUCCACUGCCUGGGAUUCUACCUCCCGAGGCGUCCUUGCACCAGGGAAAUCUCCUAGUGAUUCCUCCCGUCCUCUAAGGGAGGUGGGGGGUGGGCAGAAACACAUAGUUGAAAACUGCUGUUCUGGAUGAGCUCUUAGAGUUGAGCACUGCUAAAUGCAGGUGGCUUUGUGCUUAUUCCCAUUCCGACUCUAGAAGCCUUAGGACUGCGUGCUGCCCGACACCUCACGGGAAGUUCUCGCAGCCUCUUAGAAGUGCCGCCGUGCUCAGGAGGACUGAUGUGAACUGAUCACACCUCACUUAGAUCCCUAGGCCCUUCACAAAUCCGGGUGCCCCUGUGGCUGCAGAGAUCCCCCGCACAACCACAAUGGAUGUAUGCAUAUGCAUGUGUGUUUGCGUGUAUUUUCUCUGAGUUGGUGCAUCUCCUGAAGCCCAUCUUAAGGAUAUGUGAAUGUCAUAGGCCUCUUUCUGAACAGGUACUCUGGGGACCAGACAUGUGCAUGAACUUGAAGAGGUGGUGCAUAAAAGGGGGUGUUUUGAGGCCUCGGACCCUCCUAGAAAGGGCCAGCUCUGAGCGGAAAGCGAGCCACGUGUGGUGGAUAGUGCCCCAGCCCCCGCCCCCAGCCCGAGAAAGGAUUUGCUCUUCAAUGCAGAGAGAACAGCCGCUUUUACAGUGUUUCCCUGGAGCAAAGUGCAAGUCUGGAGAUGCUGUGGAUUUUAAAUUAUACUCAACGUGGAAACUAAAACGUUUUUUCCCCCUUUACAGUUAUACUUUAAUUUAAAUUAUUGUUGUUUUAAGUUUGUCUUUGAACCAAAUUAAUAUUAUAUUAUCACAGAGGGAAGGACUUACUGAAAAAAUAAUUUUAUUACAUUUUGAGCUUUGUUAAAGAGCAAUGUCUUAGUGCUUAAAACUAUUUUCUAGAAAAGUCUUAAUUCAUAAGCAAAAUGACAUCAUUUUUCAGUUUUAAAUGGGUUGUUUCUUGUCUCUUAGGGGUUUAUCUAUCAAUUGCAGUUAAAUUAAUUCUCAUUUUAAAAUAACAUACUAUGUAUUUUCAACAUAGAAGCUAAAAUAGCAUUUUAAUUUUGCAUUUUAGAAAUUAAGUUGAAGGGCUCUUUUAUUAUUGUAUUCAGCCUUUAGGUUAAAACACUUGCUACUGAGUUCUUAAAACACGGUUUUCAACAGAUGUUUUACUUAUUCCUUCCUGACCUCUGAAGUGUUUCUUCCCAUAGUACAGACUUUUCCAAAGGGAAUAAUGUAUUAAUUAAUGUGUUCCCAGCAAUCAUUGUAUUUGGGCCUGGGGUGUCAUACAACGUUUUGUCACUAGUUUAGUGUAGAGAUUUUGAAUGUGUGGGCUUUGGAUAGAAUGUGGGUAGAGCUGAGGGUGAAUAGAGUAGAAAUCGGGUUCAUCUUUCCCUUAGUGGGCCCAUUUUGUUUAUGAAUGAGGUUGCAGUCCUUUGAAUUACAUUUGUAUUUCUCAAAACCGGCGUUGGCUUUUCUCGCGGCUCUGCCAGGAGAGUUUUUGAAGCUGUUGUUAGCUUUCUCCAUCCCCUUCUUCUCUUCCUCCAGCAUGGUCUCACCCCGCCUCCCAUCCGCAGGAAUUUCACAGUUCUUACUUUUAGGCAGAUUCUGCUGUAGACCAGGAGGACUGUUGGCCAAAUAGGGAACUGCAGGCUGUUUGCUCAGAAGAGGGAUGGAAAGGUCUAGAGAAAAUGCUGGAAUGCUGUGUUCACCACAUGGGUGUUUGAGAAAUAGAAGAGUUUCCUGAGCUUGACUUAGUCUUAAAAUUUACCCCGUACCCUACUGCCUCCAAAUUUCUAAACUCUAGUAUUUGGGUCAAGUUGGACACCACGAGCCAUGUGGCGCUGCUGUCCCUGUAGGGUUAGUAUGCGUUACACUUGUGCCCAAAUUAUAAGGCGUAGAGCACAUUUACUUAUUUUCAAGAAUGGAAGAGGUUUAGGACAUCUUUAUGACAUUCUUGGUAAAUUUUUUUGAUUAUUAUAUAUUUAUUCUUAUUUGAAAAUACUUUUAGGAGUUCAGCCAUUUACCUAAAUGGGUUUAUAGAAAGCAGACGGUAAAACCUGAGGACUGUCCAAAGCACCGCAGACCUUUCUCUUCCUAAACCGUAACUAUAUGGAGUUUUAACAUUGAAUGCGGAGAACGCUAAUUAUGCCUAUCAAGUUCCAAACUUCCAUAAAUGUGAAAUCUGUCUGCUAUCUUUUCCAAAAGAGUCCCAGUUUCAGCGCCACAUGAGGGAUCACGAGCGGGACGACAAGCCACACCGAUGUGACCAGUGCCCCCAAACCUUUAAUGUUGAGUUCAACCUGACACUUCACAAAUGCACCCACAAUGGGGAGGACCCCACCUGUCCCGUGUGUAACAAGAAAUUCUCCAGAGUGGCUAGUCUCAAAGCACAUGUUAUGCUGCAUGAGAAGGAAGAGAACCUCAUCUGCUCUGAGUGUGGGGAUGAGUUCACCCUGCAGAGCCAGCUGGCUGUGCACAUGGAGGAGCACCGCCAGGAGCUGGCCGGGAGCUGCACUCACACCUGCAAGGCCUGCGGGAAGGAGUUCGCGACGUCGUCACAGCUGAAGGAGCACAUGAAGACCCAUUAUAAGAUUAGGGUGUCGAGUACAAGGUCUUACAAUCGGAACAUCGACAGGAGUGGCUUCACGUAUUCAUGCCCGCACUGUGGAAAGACGUUCCAGAAGCCCAGUCAGCUGACUCGGCAUAUUAGGAUACACACAGGGGAAAGGCCAUUUAAGUGCAGCGAGUGUGGGAAGGCGUUUAACCAGAAGGGGGCGCUGCAGACGCACAUGAUCAAGCACACGGGAGAAAAGCCCCACGCGUGUGCCUUCUGCCCCGCCGCCUUUUCUCAGAAGGGCAAUCUCCAGUCGCACGUGCAGAGGGUUCACUCAGAGGUCAAGAAUGGCCCUACCUAUAAUUGUACAGAAUGUAGUUGUGUGUUUAAAAGUUUGGGUAGCUUGAACACGCACAUCAGCAAGAUGCAUAUGGGUGGGCCGCAGAAUUCAACAGGCGCUGCAGAGACUGCUCACGUUUUAACGGCCACGCUGUUUCAGGCUCUGCCUCUUCAGCAGACGGAAGCCCAGGCCCCGCCCGCUCCGGGUCCUCAGAGUGCGCAGGCGGUGACCGAUGUCAUCCAGCAGCUGCUGGAGCUGUCGGAGCCGGGGCCCGGGGAGCCCAGCCAGCCGCCGCAGGCCGGCCCGCCGCUGAGCGUCACCGUGGGGAUCAACCAGGACAUCCUGCAGCAAGCCUUAGAAAACAGUGGGCUGUCUUCAAUUCCAGUUGCAGUGCAUCCUAGCGACCCCAGCCAUGCCAAGGCCGCAGCAGCUCAGGGGCAGACUCCGGACGCUCCCAACGCUUCAAGUGAGCCGCCUGACCCUACAGACACAGAGCAAGAAAAGGAGCAGGAAAGCCCAGAGAAGUUGGAUAAAAAAGAAAAAAAGAUUAUAAAGAAGAAAUCACCAUUUCUGCCUGGGUCGAUCCGCGAGGAGAACGGUGUACGAUGGCACGUGUGUCCCUACUGCACCAAGGAGUUCCGGAAGCCCAGCGACCUGGUGCGCCACAUCCGCAUCCACACCCACGAGAAGCCCUUCAAGUGUCCACAGUGCUUCCGGGCCUUCGCCGUGAAGAGCACGCUGACCGCCCACAUCAAAACGCACACGGGCAUCAAGGCGUUCAAGUGCCAGUACUGCAUGAAGAGCUUCUCCACCUCGGGGAGCCUCAAGGUGCACAUCCGCCUGCAUACAGGAGUCAGACCUUUUGCUUGUCCUCACUGUGACAAGAAAUUUCGAACCUCAGGCCACAGGAAGACUCACAUCGCUUCUCACUUUAAACACACGGAGUUAAGGAAGAUGAGGCACCAGCGUAAACCUGCAAAGGUUCGUGUUGGCAAGGCGAAUGUUCCAGUCCCCGAUAUUCCUUUGCAGGAGCCAAUUCUCAUAACAGACGUAGGUCUUAUCCAGCCCAUUCCAAGAAACCAAUUUUUUCCAAGUUAUUUUAAUAAUAAUUUUGUAAAUGAAGCAGAUAGACCAUACAAGUGUUUUUACUGUCAUCGUGCCUAUAAAAAAUCUUGCCAUCUUAAACAACACAUCAGAUCACACACAGGUGAAAAGCCUUUUAAAUGUUCUCAGUGUGGAAGAGGCUUUGUUUCUGCAGGAGUGCUCAAAGCGCACGUCCGAACGCACACUGGACUGAAGUCUUUCAAGUGUCUGAUAUGUAACGGCGCCUUCACUACAGGUGGCAGCCUGCGGCGACACAUGGGCAUCCAUAACGACCUGCGCCCCUACAUGUGCCCCUAUUGCCAGAAGACCUUUAAGACCUCACUAAAUUGCAAAAAGCACAUGAAAACCCAUAGGUAUGAGCUGGCCCAGCAGCUGCAGCAGCAUCAGCAGGCCGCCUCGGUAGACGGCAGCACCGUGGACCCGCAGGGCGCGCACGUGUCCACCCAGAUGCAGGUGGAGAUGGAGGGCACCGCGCUGCAGCCCAGUGCCGAGGCCGUGGACGCCCCCCCCGGGGCCGUGCUGGAGCUGGUGCCGCCCCCUGGCGUGGGUGCCGAGGCGCCGGGGCCCGGCCAGCCAGCGGCGGAGCAGCCUCUGGAAGCCGGUGAAGAUAGGUUUGGGGCCCCGCAGCACACCCUGCAAGGGCACGUGGACCAGUUUGAAGAGCAGGCUCCCCCACCGCAGUCCUUCGAACCGGCGGGUCUGUCACAGGGUUUUGCAGUGACUGAUACAUACAGUCAGCAGACCCAGUUUGCACCCGUCCAGCAGUUACAGGAUUCCAGCACUCUGGAGUCUCAAGCCCUGUCCACAAGCUUCCACCAGCAGAACUUACUUCCGGUUCCUGGCUCUGAUACGAUUAACGUAACAACUCGUUUGAUUCAGGAGUCAUCCCAGGAGGAGCUGGACCUGCAGACUCCACGCCCCCCGUUCCUGGAGGACAGCGAGCAACAGAGCCGGCGCUCUUACAGAUGUGACUAUUGCAACAAAGGCUUUAAGAAGUCCAGCCACUUGAAGCAGCACGUGCGGUCACACACCGGGGAGAAGCCCUACAAGUGCAAGCUCUGUGGACGCGGCUUCGUUUCCUCUGGGGUCCUCAAGUCUCACGAGAAGACGCACACAGGAGUAAAGGCGUUCAGCUGUGGCGUCUGCAGCGCUUCCUUCACCACCAAUGGCAGCCUCACCAGGCACAUGGCCACGCACAUGAACAUGAGGCCCUACAAGUGUCCGUUUUGCGAGCAGGGCUUCCGAACCACAGUGCAUUGUAAAAAGCACAUGAAGAGGCACCAGACGGUCCCCUCGGCUGGUUCAGCACCGGGAGAGGCAGAAGGAGGAGAGGUGGGUCUGGAGGAGGAGGAAGACAGCGCUGAAAGGUGCGCCGCUAGGAAGGCACGUCCUGAGCUCAUCACCUUCACAGAGGAGGAGACGGCGCAGUUGGCCAGGAUUCGGCCGCAGGAAAGCGCCACCGUCUCGGAGCAGGUGCUGGUGCAGUCAGCUGCCGAGAAGGACCGCAUCAGUGAGAUGAAGGACAGGCAGGCGGAGCUGGAGGCCGAGCCCAAGCACGCCAACUGCUGCUCCUACUGCCCCAAGAGCUUCAAGAAGCCCAGCGACCUGGUCAGGCACGUCCGGAUCCACACUGGAGAAAAGCCAUAUAAGUGUGACGAGUGCGGAAAGAGCUUUACUGUGAAGUCCACGCUGGACUGCCACGUGAAGACUCACACGGGUCAGAAGCUCUUCAGCUGCCACGUCUGCAGCAACGCCUUCUCCACCAAGGGGAGCCUGAAGGUCCACAUGCGUUUGCACACGGGAGCAAAGCCAUUCAAGUGUCCCCACUGUGAGCUGCGUUUCCGCACGUCUGGGCGGAGGAAGACUCACAUGCAGUUUCAUUACAAACCAGACCCCAAGAAGGCCAGGAAGCCCGUGUCCCGGGGGUCAUCGGAAGGGCUGCCGCCCACGAGUGUGGCCCCGCCACCCUCCUCUGACCCGGGCGUGUUCAUCAUGAACAGCCCCGUGCUGACGGGGCAGCUGGACCAGAGUUUGCUGCCGCAGGGCCUGCUGGGCCAGGCCGUCCUUCCCGCCUCCGUGUCAGCUGGUGGUGACUGGACUGUGUCUUUGACAGAUGGAAGCUUGGCCACCUUAGAAGGCAUACAGUUACAGCUGGCUGCUAACUUGGUCGGGCCAAAUGUUCAGAUCUCCGGAAUUGAUGCCUCCAGUAUUAAUAACAUCACGCUACAGAUUGACCCGAGUGUCCUGCAGCAGACGUUACAGCAGGGCAGCCUGCUCGCUCAGCAGCUGACCGCGGAGCCUGGCCUGGCUCCACAGAACAGCUCCCUUCAGACAGCGGACAGUACAGUCCCAGCCAGUGUGCUCAUCCAGCCCAUCUCAGGCCUGUCUUUGCAGCCGACGGUGACAUCUGCCAACCUGACCAUAGGCCCGCUUUCGGAGCAGGAUUCCGUGCUGACCACCAGCAGCGGUGGGACCCAAGACCUCUCUCAGGUGAUGACAUCACAAGGCCUGGUGUCCACCUCCAGCGGUCCCCACGAGAUCACCUUGACCAUUAACAACUCGAGCCUGAGCCAGGUGUUGGCUCAGGCUGCUGGGCCUGCUGCUGCGUCGUCCUCAGGGUCCCCGCAGGAGAUUACCCUGACCAUCUCUGGUCAAGAUCUUAUUCAACACAAUUCUAAUGGAAGUAGUGAACUGAAUGGAAGCAUAAGAUUGUCAGCACCUGCAAUCAGUAAUCAGUCUACAGGUGCCACCUUGACAAUAAGCAAUGAGCAGCUUCUCUCCCAGAGUGCGGCAUUAAACUCUUCAGAACUUAAUACCACAGCUGGAAGCCUGCCUUCGACGACACCGAUGUCCCCAUCAGCCAUGUCUGCCCAGAACCUGGUCAUGUCCUCGUCGGGAGUUGGCGGAGAGGCCAGUGUCACGCUGACCCUGGCUGACACUCAGGGCUUACUCUCCGGGGGGCUGGACACGGUCACACUCAACAUCGCUUCUCAGGGUCAGCAGUUCCCAGCCUUACUCACGGACCCCUCUCUCUCGGGCCCGGGGGGCGUGGGCUCGCCCCAGGUCAUCCUGGUGAGCCCCACCCCACAGCCGUCAGCGGCCGCCUGUGAAGAAAUCGCCUACCAGGUGACGGACGUCUCUGCCAGCCUGGCCCCGGGUGGCCAGCCCGAGAAGGAGGGCCGGCUGCACCAGUGCCUGGAGUGCGGCCGCACCUUUACCUCGGCCACGCUGCUGCUGCACCACAGCAAGGAGGUGCACGGCCGGGAGCGCAUCCACGUCUGCCCCGUGUGCAGGAAGGCCUUCAAGCGCGCCACGCACCUCAAGGAGCACAUGCAGACACAUCAAACCGGUCCUUCCUUAAGCUCCCAGAAGCCGAGGGUGUUCAAGUGUGACACCUGUGAAAAGGCGUUUGCCAAACCCAGCCAGCUGGAGCGACACAGCCGCAUCCACACAGGCGAGCGGCCGUUCCACUGCACCCUCUGUGAGAAGGCCUUCAACCAGAAGAGCGCGCUGCAGGUGCACAUGAAGAAGCACACGGGCGAGCGGCCCUACAAGUGCGACUACUGCGUCAUGGGCUUCACGCAGAAGAGCAACAUGAAGCUGCACAUGAAGCGGGCCCACAGCUACGCGGGAACCUUGCAGGAACCCACGGGCCCCCAGGAGCACGGAGGGGAGGCGCUGAGCCGCACGCUCCACCUGGACGAGGUGGUACCGGAGCCCGCGAGCGAGUGGCAGGCCCUGGCCAACGUGUUCUGACGUAGCCCCACCGGAGAAUGUCUCCAGGGUGAAGUGUGGAGGAGAGCAAAGCACUUGGGAUUUCAGUUUUGAAGCCUCAAGUGUUAAAGAUGUUACCACAAUAGUUUUUUUAGCUAUAAAGUUGUCUAAAGAAUCACUGACUUUCAGACACUUACAGGAAGAAAGCUGGGAAAGGUGGAAGCACGUUGUUCUCAUGUGUCUGCAAAUCACUGAACUCAGGUAUUCCAUCAGCAGUCUCAGCUACUCCGUGGCCAGUGCAUCUAGUUAAGAAGGAAUUAACUGGGUCUUACUAUCAUCGUAGUGUGAUUUCUUUGUAUUAGCAAAGACAGAAGUUUAUGUGGAAAAAGUCAGAUAGGUUUUCCUUCAUGCUUUCUGUUAUAAGAAGCAUGGCUCAUGACACAAACAUAAGAUAGGUGCAUGAAGUUCAGAAAAAAAACAUCACAGGGAAUUUUUUUCCAUUUUUUUCUCUGUGAGUUUUGAAAUUAGUAGAAACUGACUCUUUUUCGUCUACCGUAAGUUCAUGUAACUAGUACCUUGAGAGGUGGCUGGACCAGUUCUCUCUCUGUUACAAAUAUCUAAUCAUCAGUGAGGAGAACGCAGUAUAUGGGGCGUAGACACGGGGAAUAGACGAAGCCUGACACCCGAGCGCGGAGUCCACGUCCACGCGGGACGAUGCCGCUGGCACUUCACGAGUGACGUGCGGCUGCGUGGGUUGGGCUACCGCAGAAAGCACAAGCCUCUCCUGGAACAGAGGGCCUGCAGCCCUGGCCGCCUCGAUAGUUGCGAAGCGUGUUUGUGCUCUGAGGAGAAGAAGCUGUAGGAGCCCCGCAGUUUCUCUCGUGCACAAGCCGGUGUAUGUUUUAUUUCAGGGAAUUCUCUAGUAUCAUCCAUGGUGCCACGUUGAACAUGUCCCAAACCAAAUCCUACCCCACGCGGGGCAGAGUGUGCGUCGUCCCUACAGCAUUCCAAAGACGGAACCUUCUUUACUUCACCCGAAUCUCUCCUUUGAAAUUAUUUAUAUGUUCUAUAUAUAAAUACGUAUGUACAUACACAGAUCUGUGGGCCUCUGUGUGGCUGAACAGUAUAUUUUGUAAAUAAGCACUAGUCCCGGUUGCAGAGAGCAACAGAGUUUUUACCUCCUGAUGAGCACUUCAGGUCAGUAUUGUAUUCAUCUUAUUAAUAAAUAGGCAUCCUUGUCAUUGUGACAUCAAGCUGGGGUGGGAUUUUUUGUUUUUGUUUUUCCUGAAAAAUAAUUGCCUUUAUUUUCUCUCAUUGCCUCACUGGUUUCAGAAGAGAGCAGUUUUAUUAUAAAUAUUGUAUGGACUUUGUAUAUUAAGAGAGGAGUUCAUUUCAGAUUCCUGAAGACGGAGACAUUUCACUGUUAUUUUUUGAAGAGGCGUCAUUAGGUUUUUGUUGUUGUUCACACUUUUGGCAUCUGUAUAUAAGUAAUAUUGACGGUGAUAUAAAAACUUUUGUUAUGUGAAAAUAUUUAAGUCAGAAAACUGUUAAAUAAUAUUACUUUUUUUUUCAAACUGCUUUGUGUAUUGUAUAUUUUUUUAAGGAAAAAAAAAAAAGCCUUAUUUGACUUAUUCUUGUGAUACUGGACUUAUAUAUCCUGAGGUUUUUCUCGAAUGUCAGUGUGUAUACCUGGCUGGAGUCAGUAUAUUCAGAAUAACUGUAAUUGUGCCAGAGUUUUAAAGGUUCUGCUUUUAAUGCACUUUUCUUUUAUAAUUUUGUAUUAAAAUAUUUUAGAAAUGUUGAUUAAUUUUGGUGAACAAAUAUCUCCAAAGGUGAAAUUAUUGAAAUUUUAAAAAUUUUGUUCUUGCUAGGUUAUUUAUUUUGGUUUUAGCAUUACCUGUCAUCUCAGGUCAGUCUCUAAAAGGGAUUUGUUUAAUUCCUAAUUGUAUAGAAAGCAUAGUUCAGUGAAUUGUAUUGGUGCACUGCCUGUUUAAGAAAGGCCUUACCGGGUGAAUCUAAAGCCUAUUUUUAUUUUGGUUAAAGAAAAAAAAUAUCAAUAAUCCAUUUUGUGAGUUUUCUCAGUUUAUUAUCAGGCAAACACAAGACAUUAAUGUAUUAUUUUUAUUUACUUCCUAAUUAUAAAAGCUGCUUCUUUGCAAAACAUUCCUUGAAAAGUAAGGUUUUGUGAAGACAUAGUUUCACUUGAACUUUUGGUGGAGUGGAGUACAGGUUGAUCUUUAUACUUUACUGGUUGAUAAAAAGUCUUCUGACGAGAUUUCUAGUCUCCUGCAUAACCAGGGUUUUGAGGAUACGUAAUUGUAUUUUUUAAAAUAUCUCAUCAUAGCAUAUCUGCUUUGGAAUAACAAUAAAUAAAAAAUGAAGUUAGGAAAUGUGAUUAAUUUUUUUUCUUUUAAAAUAUUUAAUGUGAAAUAGUUUGGCACAUGAAUUCAUUUCAAGUUCAGAUAUGUUUUUACAGAAAAGAACUUUCACGAUGUUUUCCUGUACCCCUGUGCAGCGCGCAUGAUGAACGCGACCCUUGCAGGGUCUAUUUAAGAUCUUCAAACUUGAGAAGUCAGGAUAUGGUUUGAUGACAGGCACACCGUCUGUUUGAGCUAAAAGUGUCUGUUAUUUUCGCUGUUGGCCAUAUUCAACGAUACCCUGGUCGUUGAGGUGCCUUUAGAAAGGGCGCUGCUGUCUUUAACUGUCUUCUGUGGUAAAGUAACUGUGUCGCUCUUAAGUGAGCGGAAAGGAUGAGUCCCCUUUCCCUGGGUACUGAACCGGAAACGGGGAUGUAGUUCACGUGGCGCUGCGGGGGCAGGAGGAAGCUGCACAAGUGGUCAUGUGUGCGUGAGAAGGCAGGAGAUGAAAAUGAAAACAUCUUUUCAGAAAUGUAAACUCCAGCACCCUGCCCCCAGCUCUGCUUUACCCCUCCUAAGUUCAGGCACGUGGCCGGCUGGCCCUGGAAGAGUGGAGCUUAGCCUGCAGCCUGUUGGUUCACUAAGAAGCCUCUCAAGCUACUCUUUAUCCUCUGACAGUGAGUUGCUGAUAGAACGAGGAGAAUCCGUCCUAACGAGUAGUUUCCAUCCUUCCAUCGAGAUUCCAUUUCAGCCAGUGUCAGCAUUUAACUGGCGAGUAUUUCUUUAGAACAGUAUUUUCUAAUCCCUACCCGUUACUAUUUGUAAGGAAGUGUGAGCUUGAGUUUUAGAAGAAUACCAGUAUUUACGCACAAGAGAUGCACGCAGGAGUACAGGGGGCGGGAUGCUAAAGAGGAGGUGUGUGUCUGUUAUUCCCGUGGGUUUUCCUCUUUGCAGAAGAAUAUUCAUUACUUGUGAAGGUACACAUUUUCAACAUUAAAAGGUCAUGCCUCAGAUUUAUGUAAAUAACAUCUUAAGAAAAUGUGUAAGAUACAUAGAACUGCUUUCUGCUUAUUUUUAGAGAUACACCUGCUUUUUGCAUAAUUUUUUUUCAGAUGUUUAUUUCAAAGUCAAUACUGCGUCCACUCCCCCACCCCUAGCCCCCCAAAAAAGUCAAUCCAGGGGUUGGUCCCUGCUAGUUUAUCCUUUUUCUGAAAUCUGUUGUAUAAAGGCAGGCAGAGAUGAGAUUAUACAAUUGAUACUUUUAGACUACUCUUUUUGCCACUUAACCCCUAUUCAUGUAAUGUAGGUAUUUUGGAGUUUUGGGAAAAGAAUUUCAGGAGUGCCUAUCAACACAUUUGGGGCCUCUGUAUCUUUACCUCACUCUAAUGAAAAGCAGCUUUUUAAAAUCUAGUUGCAUCUCCUUCGCCUUUUAGAAAGUGGAGGCACACGUCUUGGUAAGGUCAGGGGCCCGCGCAGCCGUCACAGCGCCUUUCCUUUCUCCGUGAGAGUCGCAGACCCUGUCACACUUGGCCCAUCUGGGCUCGCUGUCCUGCCUCAGGCCCCGCCCCCGGCACACCCACCACCCCGGGAGAGUUUUCUACGGAUGACGGGUAAAAUAAGUCACAAGAAGAAUAAAGAGUGGCGGCAGGCACAGGCAGUCCCCAUGAAGGUUUUCCUGUUUCACCUUUUCUGUGUGCAGCGCUUCACGGCAUGAGGGCUUGUCUGUUAAAUCAAGACUGAAAGUCUAUUUGACAAAUUCUAAAAUGACAUAGUGAUUUCACUCUUGAUUCACUGCUAAAGAACAUUUUUAAAGUUAAUUUUUUUUUCAUUUACAGACGAAUCCUGUUUUUUCAUCUUCAAA